AUGUCUUUCCAGAACUUCGAGUCUUUCCAGAACCAGCACCCUGCUGCUGAUGCCGCCGCUGCCGCUCCUGGUGCCCCCGCUACCGCAGACACCACCAUGACCGGUCAGGCUGAUCCUACCACGGCCGCCUUCCAGGGACCUGCCCCCGGUGAGCCCAACGCUGCUCCCGUUGCCCAACAGGCCAGUGAGGGCAAGACUACUCUCUGGAUGGGCGAGCUUGAGCCUUGGAUCGAUGAGAACUUUGUCCGCAACUUGUGGUUCCAGAUGGGUGAGCAGGUCAAUGUUAAGAUGAUCCGCGAUAAGUUCUCUGGGAGUAACGCUGGAUAUUGCUUCGUCGAUUUCGCCUCCCCCGCUGCUGCUGCCAAGGCUCUCUCCCUUAACGGCACCCCAAUGCCCAACACCAACCGACUGUUCAAGCUGAACUGGGCUACUGGUGGUGGCCUUGCUGAUCGCAGCCGCGAUGAUCGUGGUCCAGAAUACUCUAUUUUCGUCGGUGAUCUCGGCCCGGAGGUCAACGAAUACGUGCUCGUCUCUCUCUUCCAGAGCCGCUUCCCGUCGUGCAAGUCUGCUAAGAUCAUGACUGACCCCAUCAGCGGCUUGUCCCGUGGUUAUGGCUUUGUUCGCUUCUCCGACGAGAACGACCAGCAGCGUGCUCUGAGCGAGAUGCAGGGUGUCUACUGCGGCAACCGCCCCAUGCGCAUUUCCACCGCCACCCCUAAGAACAAGGGACCUGGCGUCGUGCCGGGUGCCAUGGGUAUGCCCGCCGGACCGGGCAUGUACCCCCCCAUGGGUGCUCCUCCUAUGGGCUUCUACGGUGCUCCCCAGCCCAUGAACCAAUUCACUGAUCCCAACAACACCACUGUUUUUGUUGGUGGCCUGUCCGGCUAUGUCACUGAGGAUGAGCUCCGCUCUUUCUUCCAGGGAUUCGGCGAGAUUACCUACGUCAAGAUCCCCCCCGGAAAGGGCUGUGGUUUCGUCCAAUUUGUUCAGCGUCACGCCGCUGAGAUGGCCAUCAACCAGAUGCAGGGAUACCCCAUUGGCAACUCCCGUGUUCGUCUGAGCUGGGGUCGUUCCCAGAACAACUCUGGCCCCGCUGGUAGCCCCUACCGUCCUGCUCCCCCUCCGCCUCCCAUGUACCCUUCGAUGGGCAUGCCCCCCGCACACCAGUACGGCGGCUUUGCUCCUAUGAAGGUUAGUUCCCCCCAGUGA